AACGUGUUAUAUUUGACAUCAUCUGCAUGCUAUUCGAACAUAAUAGCAUAUCUAUGCCGAUUUGCACAGCCAUAUGUAGGCCGAAACACUUUCAUUUAUUGGUUGUCCUAUUAACAUGAACAGUUAGAAUCACAAAACCCUGAGACAAAGCAUGGAUCACAAUUUCGCUCGCGCAUUCCUCUUCCUUCUGGUGAGUUCGACCGAGUCCGCCAAAGUGUUGUUGAUCACUGGUCCAACUUUCAGUCAUUGUUCGGAAGUCAGUGCCGUGGGCCAUGCCCUGCUGAACAAUGGUCACUCAGUAUUCAUUUUGGUCGGAUCCACAUUUGAUCACAAACACUGUUUCGAUAAGGUUCGGAAUGGCAGCGCGCGAAUAGAGCCUAUCUUCAUCACUGACUCACCAGAUGUGACUCCGCCAGAAAAAAUAGCGAAGGUUAUGACGUCAUCCAUGACAGAUGGCAAAGAGUUCUCGUUUUUUUCGUAUCUCCCCCUCGUCCGGGAUUUUUCUCGGACACCAUGCACCAAUCUGUUCUAUGACAAACAGGUUCAAGAUAGGCUGAAGAGGGAGAGAUUUGAUAUCGCCAUCGUUGACACCGUCCCUUUUACUUACUGCUUCUUUCUCUUACCUAGAAAAUUAGGGAUACCGUAUGUGGGUAUGAGUUCAGUUUUCGAGGACUUUGCAACCGGAAGGCCGUUUUUACCUAGUGUUAUACCCAGUCUUUUGGUGAAUUUCUCCGAUUCUAUGUCUUUCUUUGAACGGUUGUUAAACACGUUGAAUUAUAUUGGCCUGAAUGUACUGGGUCGUUUCUCGCAAGAUAUGGAUGUCAUCCGAGAAGUUGACCAAGAUUUGACACGGCAGGACAUGAUAGAUUUGGCGGCUAAAUGUGAACUGUAUCUUUAUAAUUACGAUGUCAUCCUGAGUUAUCCCGUGCCGAUGAUGCCAAAUCACGUGAUGGUAGGGGGGAUAACCGCUGGUCCAGCGCAGCCCUUACCACCGGUCCUCAACGAUUUUUACCAGCGGGUCAAGGAUGGCGUCAUUCUUGUUACGUUUGGCUCUAAUGUUGGCGACCUCUCACAAAAGACAAGCGACAUCAUGAAGGGGGCUCUUCGGAGAUUUAACACAAAUGUACUGUGGAAACAGGAAACCGAGGGAGAGGAUGGAAACAUCAAAACCAUGAAGUGGCUCCCGCAAAAUGAUCUCCUUGGUAACCCGAAAACAAAAGUGUUUGUGAGCCACUGUGGAAACAACGGGGUUUUUGAGGCUCUGUACCACGGGGUGCCGCUUGUUUGUACCGUUCUGUACGGGGACCAGUUUUACAACGGUGUCCGGGUUGAACGCUGGAAAGCUGGAAGAACGCUGUCUUUGCUGACAGCGUCAGAAGAGGACGUCUACGAGGCUAUAAAUGACGUGCUGACGGAUCCAGUAUACCGGAGGAACAUGAAGAAAGCGUCCGAGAUGUACCACUCCCAGCCGAUGACGGCGCACCAAAGAGCUGCCUUUUGGAUUGAGCACGUCCUUAAUUAUGGAAGCGCUCAUCUUCGGUCUAAAGCCUCUGAAAUGUCGACGUUGGUAUACAUGGGAUACGAUGUCGUUUUCUUUGUCUUUGGUUCUGUCGUGCUGACUACCGUCCUCUCUGCCAAAUGCAUCUUCAUGUUACUGAAGAGGUUCUGUUGUAGAAAAGACAAGGUGAAAACCAAUUGAUUCCACACAAAUAAUAGGUGAUCAACAGGGACCAGACUGGAAGGAAACGUUUGGGGGUAUCGGCCAUAUUUAUCACCUAUAACCCUCCUGUCUAUAACGCUUUAAAAGUACCUUAUUAUACGAAUCUAGGUAUCAAAACAGGCAUUCAUGUACAAGGAGAAUUAUACACAAGGCUUAAUAAGUUUGAAUUUUUGCAAUGUUUUUAGUAAUUAGUUUAUAGAAAUGCAAUGAUGUGGAACAAAGAUUGCCUAGUAUUUUGUUCAUUCCUGUCUUUAAACUGAUGGGUAAACUGGUGACGUUGUGUCCAUGUAUACCAAGAGAACUGUGAUUAUUACGGAUAGACUGGCGUCACGAAAAGGUAACCCAUUUUGUCUUCAGUUCCACACAAGGUGACUCCUUUUACCUUUACUAUGGAACUGGAAUUAAUUGAUGCACCGUGCAAUAGAGAUAGGCGAUGUCAUUAGAAUAAUAUGGGAAGUAAAAGUACACUUGAGGAAAAUAUAAAUAUAUACAUACAAGAAAACAUAUAGAUUGGGGCGUUGGCCCACGUAUGUCUAAAAGCAAUAGUACAACUCCGAGAGUAAAACCAGAGCACCGACGGCAGUGUGAUAGCCGGAAAAUGAUCACACGUAAACGAUGAUACAUGGUCUCUUGUCAAUUUAACACUGUCAGGUUUUAGCUCUAAAAGUUUAAUAGCAAAUUACAUGCACCCUUGCACCAUGGCUUAGGCAGAAUUAGGUUAGAAAAUGCUGUAGUGUUAAUUGCAAUUUGUUAGAUGUCACCAGUCUAGAGUUACUCAAAAUCCACUGCAGGCUUUAUAUUUAGCAUACAAUAACAUUAAAACAGUGCAAAGGGACCAGGCCUCGGGGAUGCUUAAACACCAGCAGUAGCCGGUGACAUAAGACCUCUUGUCAAUUAUUCUGACUGUUCAUGCAAACGCUUAAACACCCCCUAACACCAUGGAUUAGUCCCACUCUACAAUUCCAGGACCGAAAGACAGGCCUAAAAUAACUACGGAAAGCAUUAACUCAGCCUCAGACUUACAAAAGUAUAUGGAUGCUACGAAGCAUAAUUGACGUUUCAGUGGCCCUUCUAGAUUGCUCUUCCUCCUCGACCGUACGAAUGGUUAUAGCUUUCCCCAGGGGCUUUGCACGGUUUCCUACCACCAUAAUGCUAGCCGCCGUCGUUUAAGUGAAAUAUUAUUGAGUACGGCGUAAAACAGCAAUGAAAUAAAUAAAUAAUAAAUAUAGUUUUGCUGAGUUUCAAUACCUAUUUCCAUUGACCGCACCGUCCAACUCUUGCCUAAUUUGACUUUUUACUGCUUUACUACUGGAAGUAUGUACAAAUUCCCCGACACAUAUGUUCUAAUAGUCACGCCUCCAGGAGAAGAGAAAUCAAACGUUGUCAAAAUAUUAAAACCUUUACAUUAGGUCUUCUGAUUUUAUUGGAUUCCGGAAUUCUUACGGUGCCGUGGGGUACGCCGUGUUAGUAACUGGAAGCAGGAUGUCGCUUCACUCGAACCGGACGCACGAAUGGUUAAAAGGCAAAUCUGGGUUCGGGUGACAUAAGCGGAAAUUGCUGCGUUUUCGAGUUAUAGAGACAGCUCCGGCCUGGUUGAUCAAAACUGAUAAUAUUGUGGUGUUUUCGAUUUUCUCCAUUUUUGCCGUUUUUGCUUGGAUUGAACAGAAAUACACAGAAAUAGAGUUAUGCAACAUCACAUAGACAAAAAGUUCUGGUUUAUAAAUAUCA